GGAGUUAUCGGACUUAGGUCAGCCAUGCUAAUAUAUUUCGUAAGGUGAUGCACAAGGAUUAAAAAGACUCCGAAGUAGAGAUGUUUUCCGUCAAUUCUACGGUACCACAGGUUGCUGCAGCACUUGCCCAGAUUCCAGCAUUACUGAACCAUGCGAGAAACAGCAAUUUCUCCAAGACUCUCAGUACAUCUUCUCACAUACCCAACAGGAAGGACAGGCCUCCUCGCUACCACAGACAUGCAUCAAGACAUAAAGCACAAACCAUGGAGGAGCUCAUCGCCAUCUGCAAUGAAUGUUUGGAAGCAAAAGCUAUCCAGAUUGUUCCACAAAAUGUGAACAAAACGGAACUUAAUGUAUGCAAGAACAAUCCACUGAGAAAAAGUUCUCAUGCGCUGUGUACCUCCAAUAUUUCUGCACCUACUUUUUUUGAAAAUAAAACUGGAUUCCCAGAAUCAGGACUGAGGUCUCCAAUCCCCGGACAGAUCAAUCUUCAUCAUUUAUUUAGUUCAGCCAGGAACAGUAUCAUGUUUGAACAGAGAAGAGGAUUUGAAUCCAAAAAGAGAAGACAAGAGGCUGCUGACCAGGAAGCAAAAUCCAAGAGUCAGGAUGCUGAAGACCAGACCAAGAAUACUGCUAAGAAGCCUAUGCAGUAUUUUGAUAAAUUUGGCCGUUAUGUUCUAGCCGGAGUAUUGAUCUAUCUUGCCAUACGUUACUUCUCAGGCCGUGGAUUAAUGUUGGUUGAUUUUGAUGUUAAGCCAGUCAAGACGAACACAUGCUUUGAUGACGUACAAGGGUGUUACGAAGCAAAACAAGAACUGAUUGAUAUCGUCAACUUUCUGAAGAACCCACUGCGUUUCACUUCAGUUGGUGCAAAGCUUCCAAAAGGUGUACUGCUGUCUGGACCACCUGGGGUCGGUAAGACUCUUUUGGCCAGAGCUGUCGCGGGUGAGGCUAAUGUACCAUUCUUCCAAGUGACUGGUUCAGAAUUUGAUGAAAUGUUCGUUGGCACAGGAGCAAAGAAAGUCCGCACUCUGUUUAAAGCUGCCAAGAGUGUUGCCCCCUGUGUAAUCUUCAUUGAUGAACUUGACAGUGUCGGUAGUAAACGGGCCAAUUCAGGAAUGCAUCCCUAUGCUAACCAGACCAUUAAUCAGCUGCUGGCCGAAAUGGAUGGGUUUCAGACCAAUAGUGGAAUAAUUGUGAUUGGAGCUACCAACAGAAGUCAUCAUUUGGACAGUGCCAUUAUACGUGCUGGUCGUUUUGAUGUGGAGAUCAAAGUUCGCGUACCUCCUUUGAGGGAGAGGGUUGAGUUGUUUGAUUACUUCCUUAAUAAGCCAAACAUUACCCUUCACUCAGAUGUGAAUAUAGAUGACUUGGCUAAAACAUGUGUGGGAUUCACAGGAGCUGACGUAGAGAACAUGGUCAAUCAAGCAGCUCUUCACACUGCUCUCCGUAACAGUAAUGUCAUCUGCCAACAGGACCUGGAAUUCGCAAAGGAGAAAAUCAAAUUGGGUCCAGCUAUGAAACACAAAAUACCAGAUGAGAACACUAAUCGUAUGACUGCAUACCAUGAAGCCGGCCACACUAUCGUCUGUUUGUAUACUCAGAAUGCUGUGCCCCUGUACAAAGUCACAAUUCAGGCACGAGGCCAAACUCUGGGACAUACUGCCUUUAGUUUGGAGAAGGACGAAUAUAGUGUGUCCAAGGCCGAACUAAUGGCAAGGAUGGACGUGGCUAUGGGUGGACGUGUGGCGGAGGAGCUUGUGUUUGGAUCUGACAAAGUCAGCACUGGAGCUUCAUCAGAUUUUGCUGCAGCCACCGCUAUAGCCCAGAAUAUGGUUACUCAGUAUGGGAUGUCGGAGAAGGUUGGCAUCCAUGUAUUUUCCGAAUCAGACAAACCUUCUGCUGGCAUGCAAGAUAUUAUAGACAAGGAGGUACAACGCCUGCUCAAUGAAUCUUAUGCACGAGCUGUGGACUUGUUAAAAAGGCAUAGAGAGGACCUCAACAGGCUGGCCGCUGCUCUACUGAAAUACGAAAUUCUAAGUAAAGAGGAUGUUUUGGCAGUCAUUGCAGGAAAGAAGCCAAAGGCAGCAUUGCCUCCUAAACCCAGAGCUCCCAGCAUAGUGGAGACUAUCAUCUUCAAUGACAAGCCAGGCCAGAACAAUCUAUGAGACUCCUAUUUAUAUGGACAAAUUCAUGUUCCUUAGGGGACCAGGUCCCAGUUUUAUCAACAUUCGUUAAGAGAAAUUCUUUAACUUAAAAUGGUCCAUAUGAAAGUGUUAUUGGAUUAGUUAAGGGGGGAUCUUUGUUAAGGAAUUUUCCUCAAAUUCGUAAUGCUGUGCUAUUAAGAAAAAUCUUAAGUUAAGAAACUUCUGUAGGAAUAUUGAUGAAACUGGCACCAGAUAUAUACCAAUAUUUUACAGUAUUUCCUUAAGCUUGCCUAGUUAAGUGGUGUUCGCAAUGAUGGUAUCUAAAGCAUUGUGUGCUUACUAGUCUAAAAGAACUGUAAAAUAAAUCUCUUUUUAGUGACAUUCUUCGUGAAGUUGCAUUAAAUAUUGUACAUUUUUAUUGUUAUUUCUUUUAAAAAUGGCAUAUUUAAGCUCUGGUAAUAAUUUGAAUGGUUAAUUAAUAUCAUAACAAAUUGGAUUUAUGUCUGACAAGAAAAGAACAGAAAUGUAAAUUGAUUAUGUAUUAUAUAAUGAACAAACACAUCUAAAACAGUAAGUAAGAAAAUGCUGUUACUGUCUGGAAAUGAAUUUCCAGCAUGAAAGUCUGUUAUUUUUUAUCUUCUUAGCCAAAUGGUUUUUAAUCCAAGAGCCACAAAUGGUUUUGGUAUCAUACAAAUACCCGUGUUAAAUGGAUUAACCACUGGCAUGACUUAUGUACACCUCAGCACACCUACAGUUAUGUUUGUGCUUACAUGUGCAUUUCUUGAUGAAAGUACCAUUUCAAUUUCAUCCAGUGCAGUGAAAAAUUUGCUUUGACAGGUACUUGCACUCUUGUUAAUUAAUAGGAAGGGUAUUACACAUUGUAUCCAACUGCACAGAAAGAAAAGUAAAAAUACACUUUUCAUGUAUAUUGAAAAAAAAACAUCUGUGAUAGAUAAUCAAUGUGAAUUUAAAAGAAAACUUAGUGUUAAUUAAAACUGUUUUAUCAUCACAGCAUCAUUCAGUGUCCUGGAUACUUCCAAACAGAAUGUAACCUGGCACAUGUACAGGUCUCCUUUCUUAAUGCUAAUUUUUCACUUUCAUUUCUAUUUUAAUCCUAUUAUUUUAUCACUCUUUUGAUAUGGUAUUCAUUUAUAACUGGUGAGGGCUUAAAGGUGACAAUACAAGAUUGAAUCAUCUUUGGAAUACGGAUAUUAUUAUUUUUUUUUUUGUAAGGUAUUAUCCCCCUAGGUACCAGAUGAGGGAUACAUAUCUCUGUAAAGAGACAUGAAUGCUGAUAUAUCCAUAUGGGUGUUGAAGGCCCUCUGGGCCUUUUACAAGAAUGAUGGGACAAAUUGGGAAAAACAGAUUUUAUUUCACUUUUAAAAUCAGAUGUAAAUAUUGGUUACUGUUAUAUGUAAAGGGCAAUUAGGUAUUGUAUAUGAUUGGAAGACUGGAUGGGUGGGGCAAGGUAGUUAUAUUGCCCUAAAGAGUUAGGACUGAAACAAGCUUAGGUGAUGGAAACAGAGUACAACAUAUGGUGUCAUAGGUUGAGGCAAGGGGAUAACAAAAACUAAAUGGCUGGCAUACCAAGGUUUGGGUAUGGAUUCUAAAGGCAGGGCUGAGGGACGGGGCAAGUCAUGGUGGUCAUAUUAGGCGUGAGGGGAGCUCAUCGACUUCCACUAGAGGAGACAUUCUUAUGUAUGCAGGGUGUAUGAGUGAGUUGUUAUUACAGUUAAGGGCAUGAUGUGUUUUAGAAGUGGGCAUAUCUGAACCGAGAAGUUUUAACACAAGUGAAGGAGAUGUUAAUGGAGACGCUGUGAUGCCUAGAGGUGUUUUUAAUGGACUUUAGGUGUGAGUCAAAAACACUUUAAGGUUGAAUUGAUUUUAUUAUUUUGUGAUUAAAUCAUUUUAAAACAA